AUGGGACUCGAGCGUGGUAUGCAGGCUGUGGUGACAGCUGCCGUCUUUAACGCACUUGCAUUUGUCUUCAUUGUCAUUCGAUGCAUUUCCCGUUUUGUGAUCAUCCACCAGGCUGGGCCUGAAGACUAUUUGAUUAUCUUCGCCCUAGUAUUGUCUGUUGGCCUCACUGUCACGAUUGUGUUGCAGAAAGAUCAUGGUUUGGGUCGCCAUGCAGAUACGGUCAGCGAAGCAGACAACGAGACUCUAUCAAAGCUCCUGUACGCCAGUAUCAUCGUCUACAACCUGGGAUUGCUCGUGGUCAAAGACUCAAUCUGCUAUCAGUACUUGAGGUUCUUCGUCGAGAGGCGAUACCGUCUCGCCGCAUGGGGUCUCAUCAUCUUCAUCUGCGUCGCUGGAAUAACCUUUAUCUUGACUUCUUGCUUCUCCUGCUGGCCUAUCGCUUACUACUGGGACAAAACCAUCAAAGGCGGUCACUGCAUCGACCUCAUGGCUUUCUGGUUCAGUUUCUCUGGCUUCAACAUCAUCACCGACUUGGCGGUCUGGGUGCUUCCCAUGCCUGUUCUCAAGAGUCUCCAACUCCCAAAGAAGCAGAAGAUCAGCUUGAUUGCGGUGUUUGCUUUGGGUGGCUUUGGGUGUAUCACGGCCAUUCUCCGCCUCCACGCGCUCUACAUCGCGAGCAUAUCCACCGACCUCACAUACGACAACGUCGGCGCCGCGACCUGGUCAGCGGCCGAGCUCAAUGUGGGCAUCAUGUGUGCCUGUAUCCCUGCCAUGAGACCCGUCAUCAGCUUGAUCUUCCCGCGCCUACUUUCUUCCUCGCGUCGCGAUCACCCGUCCGACCCAUACCCGCGCGGCGCGUCGUACAUGCGGAACGAAAGCGUCGUAGAACUCUCGCACGUGGUCAAAGCGCACAGCGAGGUAAGCCGGGACGACGCGGUCAGCUUCGAUCAUGCACACGAGCCGAAUGCGAUCCGCAUCAAGAACGAGUGGUCUGUUAGUGAGCGCGAGCGCGUCUAG